AUGUUUGGAAUUUUGUUAAUUUUGGAAUUAGGUGCCACUUUCCGAUUGUCGAGACUUCUGCGUCCCUCCCUUCAGCAUCGUCGCCACCCUCUAAUUUGCACCGCCUCUGUCGUCGGCCUCCCCUCUACCUCCGAUAACUUCUCCAUUCAUGCUUCCGCAUCCUCCAGCUUCUGCAGGCGAUUCUGGUGUGAUAUGGAGGAAACAACAAAAGAAUCGGAGCAUACUCUUCUCCAAGACUUCACGGAUAAAGAGAUGUUUUGUUCUGAUCCUGCUUAUGACAAGUCACUUCAGCAGCUAAAAUGCUUCUUGAGAAAAUCCGGAUCAGAAUCAGCAUCUUAUGUUCUCAGAAACAGGAAACAACAAAACAGAUACACCCUGAUAUCAGAUCCAAAUUCUAACAGUUACUUUGAUUUGAUGAUUAAGACAAAUCUAGAGAUUCUGAAAAGAUGGAACAAUGAGGUACAAGAAGUUGUUCAAUCAAGGGUUGCACUUGUACAAUUUCAUGCACUUGUUCAGCUCCACCAGAUAAGACAAAAUGACCAAUUGGAUGUUAGCAAAUUAGUUACCAGUUUAACAAGGGGUACUGUUCCUUCGCCUUUAGCCCAAUGCCUUUUAAUUUGUUACACAAGUCAGGAUUUCCGUGUUGUUCUUGAUAAACAGUUGAGAUUGAUAUUGAAGCUAAGAGACAUGAUGAAGGGUUUUAGAGCUUCUUCAGAUAGCUUAAUGAUGAGUUAG